AUGCAGCCGAAUCACUAUGACCUUCUGGGUCAGGUGCAGGACGACAGCAGAGCUGCUUCUGGCCGAGUGACGCGGGAUGCGCUUCAGUCACGUUCUGGCGCGCCCAUGAGAUCAGAAGAUUCGUGGAUAGAGGUAUCAUCCCAGCCUUCUUCCUCAUCGCUGUCCUCAGCCGCAACCACAGAUGACAUAAUUACCACUGGCCUUCGUGUCCAGCAAACGGGCUCUGGCCAUUAUCAUCGCCGAAGCCGCCGACGACGUCUCCAGCGGCUCGCAGCUGUCACUACCGCGCAAGUCGAGUACUCAUCGCACGAACCCAGCAGCAGCCAGGAUGAAUACGAAGAGAGUGAAAGUGAAUCGGAUCGCGUUUUGACCAGUUCGAAUGAAGACAUGCCUCGUCCAGCUCCUGUUGGCCCCUCUCUACCCCAUACGAGUGCGGCACCCAUCGCGUCAGAUGCGAUUCCUUCUAGCGAUGAGGAUGAUAGUUCAACGGCGCUCGGUAUGCGUAUAAGCUCAUCUCCAUUCGUUCCUCAGCCCAAUGUCUUUUCCCAUCCUCCCGCUUCUUCCGAAGACCCCUCCUGGACUAGGCCUUCCGAAACUCGCCGUUCACGGCCUAUCAGCGACGUUUCUACAUCUAGUCGUCGGACCGCUAUACGAAGGAAUUCCCAGGCUAGCAUUCGCUCAUCUCAACGGCCGUCAAACCAGCAGCACAGCCCGUACAACGUCAUCUCCCCGUCACACCACGCAGACCAUGACGCUGCCUUGCGCGCUAGUCUUUCGACGCUGCUUUCUUGUGCUGCCGCAGCCCGAGGUCUACCGAAAUCAGAGUCGCAACCCGCACCGUCUGGGCCUCCUAGGGCUCAGCCAGCCUCAUUUCGAUUGGUAUCUGAAUCUGUGGCUAUGGGAGAAGGGGCCAACGAGGAAAACCCAGCAUCAGAUGUCGAAAUGCGUACUACACCUCGCUCAAAGCGGCCCCAACAACCGGCAAUGCAGUGCUCACCGCGGGGAACUUCCUCCACUCGCACGAAGCGCCGGUCGAGUGCUUCAAAAGACCGCGGUUCUAGCCACUCUGCUGCUAAGAAGAGCCGCCGGUCAGGUAACACAGACUCGUCCUCCGCGGUGAUGACGUGGGUUCUAAGUGCUGGCGUUGUGGUGCUUUUCUCCGCGAUCAGCUUCUCCGCUGGGUAUGUUUUUGGUAGGGAGUCUGGGAAGCUGGAGGCGAGCAUGGGUGUUGGGGCCGUCCUAGGAGAAGCUGGCGCUCCGGGCAGCAGAGCAUCCGCGGCCUGUGGUCAAGAAGCGGUUCGAGGUGGUCUCAAGCGUUUCCGAUGGAGCCCUGGCUCCACUGGAUCCGGGGUAAUUGCCUAA